GAGAAUACUUGGCCGAUAUGUCAACCACGGGAAUCACAAUUGCAGCUUCUUCACUGUUUCCGCGAAAGGGCCGUCGUUUAAAACUUGCCCGUUGUCGAAGACUUUAGUCCUUGCGUCAUCCACGGACGAACGCAGCUUACAUCAUCAUGGCUUUGUUAUAUAUGAACCCUCUUUGGCUAAGACGCACAGACCCCCCCUUCGCCAUUUCAAAUACCCCCCCCAUUCUGUCAUUUCACAUUCUCAGCUAACAUCUCUCUCGGUCUCGCUCCCGUGCACGCACACAUGUUCAUCGGUCUCUCUUCCAGGCUGAGAUCCAGGUUUCCGAUCCUCGAUCAAACUCACAUGAUAAGAGCCAUGGCGCAUCGGAUACAGGAGCUACUAGUCCUAGUGGUCUUGGCCAUCUUUCCCAGAGCAACAUUCAGCAAGCUGAGCUGCCACUUGAGGGCGAGCGACGCGCCACUGGCAGCAGAAGGCGGCAAUGGCUACUGCUUGAGCUGGAGGCUCGCGGUGGAGGCGAACAAUUUGCGCGCCUGGCGCACAGUCCCUCCCCAGUGCCAGCGGCAUGUCGAGUCCUACAUGACCGGGGGGCAGUACGACCGGGACCUCAACCUGAUCGUCGACCAGGUCAUGGCUUAUGCCGAUGGGAUUGAUGUGUCUGACGACGGCAUGGACGCUUGGAUCUUGGACAUUGAUGAUACAUGCAUUUCCAACAUGCUUUACUACAAGGGAAAGAGAUAUGGAUGCGACCCGUUCGAUGCGGCGACGUUUAAGGCUUGGGCGAUGCGAGGAGAGUGCCCGGCAGUACCGGCGGUGCUGGGGCUGUUCCAGAGGCUGGUUGAUGAUGGAUUCAAGGUCAUCUUGCUCACGGGCAGAGACCAAGAGACUUUUGGAGCUGCCACUGUUAACAAUUUGCUUUAUCAGGGAUUCGAUGGCUAUGAACGUCUGAUCAUGAGGACGCAGGCUUAUAAAGGGCAAAGUGCAAUAACAUACAAAUCAGACAUAAGGAGGCAAUUAGCGGAAGAAGGGUACAGAAUCUGGGGGAAUGUCGGGGAUCAAUGGAGUGAUCUUCAGGGUCAAUUCGUGGGCAACCGAACAUUUAAGAUUCCCAAUCCCAUGUACUUUGUCCCUUGACAACAUUACAAAUCGAUUCCCAUAAUUUUCUGUAUUUUAAUGUUGAAAAAAAAAAGACAAUUGUAAAUCGACCAAUUGUAUUUUUGAAUGUCAAUGAGAAAAAAAAUUGGGAAAAGGAAAUAAGAUUGCAAAAAGUUAA